AUGGCCAACAAUACACCUUCGAAGAAGCGUGACUUCUUCAACGAUGAAGAGUUCUCAGACGUCAUCGUCAGAUUUGCUAACCAGCAGAUCUUCGCUCACAAGGUUGUGCUUGCGAGCGGAUCAGUCUGGUUCGAGAAAGCCCUCUGCGGCAACUUCAGCCCCGAUGCAAUCAUGGCCAUGCUCAGACACCUCUACGGCUCGAAAUACGAAAAUCAAAAGAUAUACAUUGAACCCAACAGCACUGCAGAAUUCCACUUGGCAAUCUUCAUGUUGGGAGACAAAUACGAUAUUGAGUCCCUCAGAGAAGAGGCUGCAGACCUCUUCAUGACUUUUCUUCAAGAUGAGGUUCAGGAUUUCGAACUCUACAACGGAAAUCUCCAUGCGAUUCAAAAGUUGGUUGGUCCCGAUGCUCCACAACUUGCAGAUAGAUCCCUGGCCGAGACUGCUCAGGCAUGCAUUCUCGUUCACUUCGAGUCCCUUUUCGCAAAUGACUUGUUCCGCGAAUUAAUGGCCAGUGGAACAAUGCUUAACGAAAGCCUUGCACUCGGGGUCUUGGAUAAGAUCUACAAGAAAAAGUUUUGA